CGCGGACGUCUCACUCCGUCGGGCCAAGAAGGCCACGACGGAAAAGGCCUUCGCAACGCCGGACCGGCGGCGCGGCGGAAAACGCGGCGGAACACGCGGCGAACGCGUUGGGAUUCCACGCGUUGAACGAGCCCCGUCCCGUUGCAUGGAGAUCGCCUGCGGAGGGUGUGGGGCAAACUUUAGAAACGAUGUACCAAAAGUGACCAAAAACAUGUGCCGCAAUGUACUUGAACGAUUAUUAUGAUUAUGUGCUAUCUUAUAAUUAAUAGUACAGAGGUGUUGCUAUGUCGCACAGUGACCCCACACCAAAGCGGUUUUUGAAGCAAACCCUUGGAUCUUCGGCCCCGAACAUCUGGUUUUUGGGAGCCAAUCAUUGGCUUCCUUAGUCGGUUUGACAUGAACACCCCCCCCGGAGCUCGUUUCUUUUUUUGGGGGGAAGCUCCAGGAAUCGUUGGACACAGACCAGGGACUAGUCGGCCCCAUACAAGGGACGAAUCUGGGGCGGACGGCUGGAAGGAGCCCAGAAGAUGCCAAAAGCCCAGGAACUGCGCCAAGGAUCGUGCAUUCGAGACUGUUUCAUCCCCCGCUUCGUUUGUCUGCCUGUUGGCACGGCAGACAUAGGUAGAAUAGAUCGGUCAACUCACGGCCUCCAUGAAGGAGGAGUGCCUGGCUCUUUGGACUCCAUUUGUGCAGGUGUCCGUGACGUCAUGCCGAGUCAUGCCGCAUAUGCCGGCUCCCCAGCCUCACAUGCUGCGCCCGUGACUUCGAUCGCCGAAUCGCUCCCGGGGGCGAGCGGUGAAUGGCCGAUGGCAAAGACUUCCAAUAUCCGGCCUUCUACCAGCUGCCUCCGUUCUUCACUUUACAACCGCAUGCCUCGGUGAGGGCCAAACAGCUGGAGCUUUGGAAGCAACUCAUCUCAGAGUAUUGCAGCUUUCAUCGGCUCUUCAUCAUCAACCUCAGAGAGGAGAGAAGCAGUCAAGCACGGAGAAGAAUGAGAGGGAUGGUGGGGGACAGUGGCCAUGAAGCUUUUCCACACCGAGCUGUACUUGAGAGGUACCGAGGUCCUUACUCUCAACAUCUCCCCCGAAGCAGCUGGGAGAGUUGAACUCCACACCGAAAAGGAGCCUCUGUUCCGCAACGCCCAGCUUGCGCGGCAGCUGCCCAGUGAGGCGCGCAAGGUGCUGGCAGAGCAUCUGGUGCAGCAGCAGGCGGCACUCUGGGCCGACGAAGCGGCUAAGGAGCGGCUCCUGGUGCUGUGGCGCUCGGUGGCUGGGUGGGCGGAUCUGAUCCUCCAGUGGGCGGCGGAGAAUGGCCUUAUGGGCAGUGUGGAGACAGUGCAGUCCUUGAUGGACGGGGAAGCGGCCGAGGGGCAGGAGUUCUACGGAGCCCCGCGGGAGCUCAUCAUGGCGGCGUUGCAGGAGCUCGUGCGGCGGAACCGGGCGACCCUCUUCCGGGGCUCCAGCGGGUCGGAAGGCGUGAAGUUCCUCUCGGCGUGAGCUGCGGAGCCGGACCCCGUCCGACCGCCCACGAGCCGGUCGAGCGGAGCGUCUCACCGGUCGAGCUCUCGCCGUGUGGAGCCGAAAGCGAGCGUCGAGCCGAA